AUGGAGCCGCACAUCUCGUCCCCCGCCACAGACAACCUCCGCCCCACCCUCCACAAGCUCGCCCACUCCUACACCGCCCCCGCCCUGCCCCCCGACGGCCCCCUCCAAGACAACCGUAUCAUGAGCCUCGUCGCUAGAGGCGGUAAAGAGGCCUGGCGAAGGUCCAUCGGCUCCUUCUGGCCGCCCUCCCCCACUACAAACACAGCCUCCCCUCCCAAGAAACUCCGCACCCAGCCCCUCGACACCUCCAACAUCCUCUACCCCACCCUCACCACCCACCCCGAACCAGCGCCAUACAACAUUCUCGUCGUAUCCCUCGCCCACAUUGCCUCGGCGCCGCCUUCCCUCAGCAAUGACGAGCUGUUUCAGGUGAUACUGCGGCGCCUCGAACCGUGGGUCGGGGAAGAAGGCGAGGGGGGCUAUGUACUGGUCAUCAUGUCUGCGGAGGGCGCUGCCGCCACUGCUUCUGCUUCGUCUGCGUCUGCGUCUGCGGCCGCAGAGCCGUCACAUGCCGGGGACGAGUCGCGCAAGCUGCCGGGCGUGGCCUGGUGGGUCUGGAAAUGGAAGCGUAUUCCGAGAAAGUAUCGGAAAAACUUGAAGCGUUUCUACAUCGUCCACCCGUCAUUGUUCACCCGCUCCCUGCUCCCAUUCAUCCUCCCCCUCCUCUCCCCCAAGUCGUAUUCCAAACUCCACCCCCUCCCCUCCCUCCUAGCAUUAUACUACACCCACGACGUCCCGCUCACCGGCAUCGACCUCUCCCUCGCCGUCUUGGAAUCCGAAGGCCGCGCUCUGCGGGACCACCCCGAGCUUCUCGAAUGCGGGCCCGAGCUUGCAGACGUCCAACGCGUCUCUAGCCAUGACAGUUCCAAAUCCAAAUACCCCAAAGAAGGGAGCGACUCAUACUUCUCCUCCAUCUCAUCCACCUUCUCCUCCGCGGCAUCCUACAUCGGCCUCUCCCGCCUCCCCUCCCCGAAGCAUUCAGCAGGUAGUAGGGUGGGAGAAGCGGUGGUGGAUGGGUAUUGGAAGCGGGAUUUGAGGGGGUUGGUGGAUGAGUGCGGGGGGAAGGUGCCGCCUAUGGUGGUGAGGGUUAGUAGGGCGAUUUUAGAAGAGUGUACGGCGACUGAAGGUAUCUUUCGGCGGUCGUCCAACUCCUCGUACAUGGCCCCACUCCAAUCCCUCCUAGCCCUCCCUCUCGAAGCCCAACCAAACCUCCCCUGGUCCGCCCUCGCGCAAAAAGACAAACUGCUGUUGCCUAAAGUGUUGUGCAAAUUUUUGGGCGAACUGGCGGGACCCGUGAUUGGGUGGGAGGUUUAUGGUGAUGUGAGGCGAGUCGCUUUGCCUUCAGACAUCCCACCAUUUCUCAACAAGUUACCGCCGUCGCAUACCCUCCUCCUCACAGCCGUCGUAUCCCUCCUCCACGCCCUCGCGAAACACGAACCAACAACGAAAAUGUCGGCGCUCAACCUCGCCAUCGUGCUCGCCCCGACCCUCAUUGGGGGCCCGGAUAAGAUGGUUGAUAUGGGGAUGUGUCUUGAGCGGGGCAAAAAGCUGCCUUUGGGUAUGCGUGACUGCGUGGAAGGGCGGGGAAGGAAAGGGGAAGGGGAUGGAGAAGGUAGAGAAGGAGGAGGAGGUGAAGAAGGUGAAGAAGGUGAUGGCACAGUAGUGGGGUUGUUGGAGAUCUGGAUCACAAACUACCCCUCCAUCUCUGGUGGGACACCUAUAGAGAAGAUGGGGUGUGGGGUAUCGAGCGAUUUCGUUCCUCCCCCGACGUCGGCGAGAGCAUCGCAAGCUGCUGCUUCUUCUUCUUCUCCCUUCCCUACAUCGUCUCUGACUUUCACUUCCUCCUCUUCACCUCCAUCGUCCUCUACCGAACCGGCAUCGUCGUCGUCGUCGUCGUCACAGACAAAGAGUCAAAGACGCGCCUCCCUCUCCCCAUCCCCCCCCAAAUCCUCACCACCCCGCGCAUCAUCCCUAGCAAGGUCAGCAUCAGCGUCCAUCCGGCGGGCGAGCCUUUCCCUCGGGCGGAGAGGUGGGGAUAAAGUCCGGGACAAGGACCGGGUGGAUCUCGAGAAGGAGAAGGAGAAGGAGAAGGAGAAGGAGAAGGAGAAGGAGAAGGGAGGGAGGGAGGGGAAAGAGGGGAGGGGAAAGAGGAGGAGGAGCGGGGUAAGACAUAGUCUACUAACGUCGGGGAUUGUGGAGGUGCCUUCGUCUUCUUCUUGA